UUAUUAAAAACUUUUUACAAAGUUUUUUUACAAACGUUUUAAAAAUAUUAAAAUUAAAAUUUUAAUUUUUUUAUUAAAAGUAUAAUAAAAAGGAAAAAAAAUAAAGAAAAAAAUUAAUAAAAUGUAAAAAUGAAUACAGGUUUUGGGAAGUUAAAAUAUUACAAAUAUUUUUAAAUAUUUAAAUUUAUCAAAGUUUUCAACAAAAAAAAAAACAGUUUGUGUAUAUGAGUGUUUUAUCAAUUGUUUGUAUUUUGAUAUAAUUUUUUGAUUCAUAAAACUAAUGAUUUCAUUAUAUUUUAAAAAGAAAGGGUAAAAAGAGGAAAAGUGUACAAAAAAGAUUUUAUACCAAAGGAACAAUCACACCUUUUUUUAUUCCGUUUUGGCUAUUUUCCCUUUUAUAAUAACUUUUUGUUUAUUUUUGUUUUUACUUUUUAUGAACCCAUCAAAAUAAGAUAAUGAAGAGAGAAGUGUUCUUAAAACAUGAGAACAUGUUUUCAAAUGAGAACUUGUUCUAAACUUUUUAUUUCUUCUCUCUUACUUUAUAUUUUUUUAUUUAGUAUUUUUUUGAGAGCUUUGGGGAAGAACUCCCCGUUACUAAAUCCUAUAGCCCAAACUCUAAACUCUAAAUCCUAAAUUCUAUGAUUAACUUUAAAGUUGGAAAAACAUCCUUAGUUCUUUCUUAGGUUUCAUGGAUUUUUAAUCUUUUUCCGGCCCUUAGGAUUUGAAUAGCUUUCAAGCAGAUUAGAUUUUAAUGAUAUUUCCAACUUUAGCAAAAAAAAAAAAGAGAGAAUUUCCUAAAACAAAAUUUUGUUGCCUAAAGCAGUGAUGGGCUCUAUAUCUAAUACUCCAGUACGUUUGGUGUUCGAGUGUUUUGUGGGUUGAACGACUUAUUAGCGCCAUUUCUAUAAGAAGAUAUUCGUCAACUGAAGAGUAAAAUGUUAGGGGGACAUUUCACACAGCAGAAAUAGCUGAAAUAGAGACAGCAUUUCUUAUUAGAGCCUGACGUAAUAAUAAGCUGAGACAAUUCGUUUGUUUUGUCAUCGUUUUAUAUGCCUUAAAAGGAAGCACGAAACUCUCGUUUUUCAAGGAUGAAAUCAAGGAAACAAAGAGAGCGUGAGAAUUAUGAAAUAGCCUCAAAGCUCUAAUUGCUCAUCCUUGCAACUUUGCAAGCUUAGUCCACUCUGUGUGGUAAGCAGCAAGACGAUUUGUCCUCUCAUAUGCAUGAGCUCCAAAGAGAUCCCUUUCUCGCACGCCUUUAAGUGUCCAAGUACAUACGCAAGACUUGCACACAUUCCUGGUGUGCUUAUCCCAGCAGAGAUGGCCAAACCCACGACUCUCCUCUACAUCAGGCUCGACCACUAAGCUUUGCCAGAUUCGGGUUUCUCUGCUAAGCUUUCUUAAUUAAUCUUGUCCAAGAAAAACUCCCUUAAAUCUCGCACGCCUGAAUUCAAGUUCCACUCCUUCUCUAAGCUCUAAGCAAAUCCAUAAAAUAGAGAUCUCUAAGCAUACAAAUUUUGCCUCACAUCAUCAAUCAACAUCUUCUUAUAAAUCCCGUGAGAUGCAAGAACCAUUAUCCUCCUUCAAUCCAGCUUCUUCUAAUAUCCUCUCUCAUCUUUCAAUAGUACCUCAAGUAGUACUUACCCCUACAUGGAAAUAUAAAGAGAGAUGAGACUUAAAUUUUCUACUUUGAGAGUUCCAAGCAAUCACACUGAUGGUCCAUCAGAAAAAUUGGAAAUGAAAACGCAAAUAAAGAAGAGGGAUCGAGGAGUUUCUGGUUACCUGCUCACCAAUCUCAUCAACAAUCUCAGGGGCAAAAUAAACCUCUUGUUGAAUAUCAGCACUAACUUUCUGGUUCUUCCUAGUGUAGGUACUUCCAUCCAUAAUGGUCUAUUUCGUCCAAUUUUAAUACCCUGGAUAGUUUUUUUAAAAUCUAUUUCUUCUAAUGCAUGACUACCAUCAGGUACAACCGUACAAGAACUGCUCUGAAACAUUCCAUUUCUAUCAAUUGAAAACAAGGUUAUGCAAGAUGGAGCAACCCUAGAAGGAUAUGUAGCUUCUAGGAGGAUAAGAUUUGACAAAUUCACACAUUAUGCACCAUAAUUGAAAGAGCAGCAGCAAAAAAAUAAAAUAAAGACAAUUGAUCAGAGAUUUAUUGGAAUGUCUCCAAAUAUACCUUAAGCUCCGUUUUCUUUGUUCUCCUCCGUUGUGCACGAGGGAAGACCAACACUAAACUUUCUGCGGUUACUUAGUUUGACAGACAUAUCUGAAACAGCUGGAAUAUACUGUCCUACGGCAACAUCCAAUGGUAUACCUAUAACAUCUUAGUAUAAAUUAAUAAAACAGAAAGUAAUAAAAAGUAAAUUUUAAUUGGGUAGAAAAUCUAAUGGAAGAAACACGAUCACGUUGUGUUUGCGGCGGCUUACAUGCUUCCCCACUUAGAUACCAAGAUUUUGCCGGCUUACCGACUGGCGUAUCAUUUUUAAAUUAAUUCAUUCAGACAAUAAUACAAUUUUAGUUUCUGUUACAAAAGAUUCUCCCUAUGUGACAGAUAGAGACAACACUUUUUCGAUUUUAGAUAAAGACGAGACUUGUCUCUCAAAUGGAGAUUUUCUUUUUGGACUUUUUUUUCUACUUUCUUCUAAGUGGGAAACCGAGAGGAGCUCUCCGAAGACCAUUACAAGAAUUCUUUUGACUGGUUCUUUUUUUUUCUUCUGAGAAUCCUUCUCCAUUUUGUUCUUUAUAACUCAGCCUGGAGUGGCUCUGUGAAUUUUCUCUGGGUGGAAGAAUCUUCUGAUUCUUGAUCUGUUUAACAAUAGAGUCAACAAGAGCACACGCAACUUUCUAGCGGGUAUUGAGGAAUCGAAGAUCUGUUUUGGAUCUUCAUAGUCUGAGGCAUAAUCUGCUUUCACACGAUGAUGGCUUGGUGCUUACGGAAGAAACGGUAUGUGAAAGCUAAGCUCUCAUGGAAGUCUAAGAAGAAAGACUUGUCUCCUUCAGGUAACUGGCAACCAGAGGAUGACAGCGAUGAAGGCAAGAUCGUCUUCUUUGGAGGAAGUAACUAUACCUUUGAUUUGGAUGAUUUGUUAGGUGCAUCCGCUGAAAUUUUGGGGAGAGGUGCUUUCGGCUCAACCUACAAAGUAACUGUGGAUGAUGAUACAGCCACGGUAGUAGUGAAGAGACUGGAGAGGGUGGUAGUUGGAAGAAGAGAGUUUGAGCAAACAAUGGAGAUUGUUGGUAGCAUCAAGCAUGAGAAUGUAGCUGAACUAAAAGCUUACUACUAUUCCAAGAACGACAAGCUCGCUGUUUACAGCUAUUACAGUAAAGGAAACCUCUUCGAGGUGUUGCACGGUGAGAAGGGAGUAUCGCUAGAUUGGGAGUCUCGAUUGAGAAUAGCGAUUGGUGCAGCAAGAGGAAUGGCUAUUAUACAUGGCGCAGAUGAGAGGAAGCUUGUCCAUGGGAACAUCAAAUCUUCCAACAUCUUCAUAGACUCGCAAGGCAACGGUUGCAUCUGCGAUCUCGGCUUGACAGCCAUCACGAGAUCUCUCCCUCAGACUAGUAUUUGUUCUUCGGGUUAUCGCGCUCCGGAAGUAAAGUGCACAGAGUUUUCUGAUGUAUACAGCUUUGGGGUAGUGUUACUGGAGCUUCUAACAGGGAAAUGUCCGAGUGCGCGAUCAGGAGAUCUGGAAAACAUGGACUUGGCAAGCUGGAUAAGGUCAGUGGUGUCGAAAGAGUGGACCGGAGAAGUGUUUGACAUAGAGCUAAUGAAGCAAAUAGGUAUAGAGGAAGAGAUGGUUGAGAUGUUGCAAAUAGGUUUGGCUUGUGUUGCCUUGAACCCACAAGAUCGACCUCAUGCAGCAGAGGUUGUAAAGAUGCUACAAGACAUUCAUUCCAACACUUGAUCCAGAGUGAUAGAUAGCUUAAAAAUGUCAAUUCUCAAAGCAUUAUUUGAUCAUUACUACUGAUUCAAUUUGUAUAAGAAAAGGCAAACAAAGAUGAAUUGAUUCCAUACAA